UUUUAGUUCGCGAAUAUUUAUUUUUUAGUACCUAGUCGACAAAUUUUAAUUUAAGAAAUCCCGAUAUCAUGGUCCGAGUGGAGUUUGCUCAGCUGGUGAACCUGCAAACACGACCGGAGCAGAUCAGGAAUAUUUGCAUCUUGGCGCACGUCGACCACGGUAAGACCACGCUGGCAGAUUCGUUGAUCGCCAGCAAUGGCAUCAUUUCGCAACGGCUGGCCGGUAAGCUGCGCUACAUGGACAGCCGGCCGGACGAACAGGAACGGCAGAUCACGAUGAAGAGCAGCAGUAUUGCACUGCAUUACGAGGGUCAUCUCGUAAAUUUAAUUGAUUCACCGGGGCAUGUUGAUUUUUCCAGUGAAGUUUCUACGGCGAUUCGGUUGUGUGACGGGGCGAUUGUAGUGGUUGACGUUGUGGAAGGUGUUUGCCCCCAGACAAGGAUAUGUUUGAAACAUGCCUAUAAUGAGAAUCUGAAGACGGUUUUGUUGCUGAACAAGUUGGAUAGAUUGCUGCUGGAGAAGCAAAUGGAUACGGUAGAAGCGUAUAAACAUUUGACACGGGUACUGGAGCAAGUCAACGCCGUUGUUGGAAACAUAUUCGCUACCGAUGUACUGGCAAAGGAAGAUCUAAGUUCGAAGGACCAAACGUCGGCACUGGAAGAUAGUGACGAUACGUUUAUUUACUUCACUCCUGCCAACGGAAAUGUGAUAUUUGGUUCGGCCCUUGACGGUUGGGGUUUUACGACAAAGUCUUUCGCGAAGAUGUAUCAGGAAAAGCUAGGUGUUCCACUGAGUCAGUUAGACGAGGCACUGUGGGGUGACUUUUUCUACAGUCCAAAGAAGAAAAGCAUCGAAAAAGGUGCGCUGGAGAAAGGACGAAAACCGUUGUUUUCCCAGUUGAUUUUAGACAAUUUAUGGAGUAUUUACGAGUUGGUUGAAAACCGAGACUUAGAAAAAUUGAAAACAAUUUCUGAAAAACUCGGCAUUCCUCAGACGGCACGUGACUUAAGGCAUGCCGACGUUCGUGUUCCCAUUAAGAAUGUACUAUCGCAAUGGUUACCGAUAGAAAAAUCCCUUUUACAGCUGGUGGUUCAGAUCGUUCCGAACCCUCAAGCGAUACCGGAGUCGAAAGCGGAAAAGCUUCUCUGCUCUAGAAUGGAAGAUUUCAAAUCGUUUCCCAAGCAAACGCAGGCACUCAAACAGGACGUCAUGAAAUGUGAUGCGAACAGCCAAAAUUUAGUGGUUUUUAUUUCGAAAAUGUUCCCCGUUGAAUCGAAAUCACUCCCUCAAAGUGCCAUAGUGAAUGGUUUAGCGAAUUUGUCAUUAGAUUGCGGACAGACAAGAGACGACUCCGAUGAAGUUUUCUUAGCGUUUGCGCGAGUCUACAGUGGUACGCUGAAAAGAGGAGCAAAAGUGUUCGUGGUAGGUCCUAAACAUAAUCCUAAAAAUUUACUACUGGAAGGAUUUGACUGCGCUAAUUCACCGCAUAUCAGUGAGGUCCAAAUAGAUCAUCUCUUCAUGCUCAUGGGACGACAGCUGGAAAUGGUCGAAUCCGUUCCUGCUGGAAACAUUGUCGGCAUAGCCGGACUUCAGCAGCAUGUUCUAAAGACGGCCACACUGAGCAACACUCCGUACUGCCCGCCAUUCGUUGACUUGCCUCAAAUCGCAACGCCUAUCCUGCGGGUUGCGGUAGAACCUAAAGACAUACAGGACAUGCCAAAAUUAGUUCGUGGACUUAAGCUACUCAAUCAAGCGGACGCUUGUGUCGAAGUUAGAAUCCAGGAAAGCGGAGAACAUGUUCUGCUUACCCUAGGGGAAGUUCACCUGGAACGUUGCAUCAAAGAUUUGCAAGAAUGUUACGCUAAGGUUCAGCUGAACGUAUCCAAACCGAUCGUUCCCUUCAAAGAAACCAUCACUAAGUUCGUUCCAACUUCCGAAGAGAAUCCGGAAGAGCAGCUGGCUAAGGAAAGGGAACGUGAAAAAACGGUCACAAUUUUAACGGCAAAUAAACAGAGCAGCAUAAAACUGCUUGCCCUACCGCUACCGAAAGAGGCUAUUGAUCUUCUGGAGGAAAGCAAUUCCGUUUUGACAGCCCUAGCAAAGGCUCAGGUUACGAAAGAGUUUUCCGCCCACUUGCUGGAUUCUUUAGGUGAACUCAAAGAUAAGCUUAGUAAAAUAUUUGUCGAAAGCGCAGUGGAAGAAUUUGACGCCACGACGGUGGAAAAAAUUUGGAGUUUUGGACCGCGGAAAUGUGGAACCAACGUACUUUUAAAUCAAUCUUCUUUUCGAAAUUGUUCCGUUUGGAAUGUAGCGAGCACCGUAGCAGCAGUGGAGGAGACCGACCUGAGGGCGAACUACGAAUCUUCGUUCGUCAACGGCUUUCAGUUGGCCAGUUUAGCUGGUCCUUUGUGCGACGAACCGAUGCAAGGUGUCUGCUUCGUCGUGCAAGAAUGGACCAUCGAUCAAGUGUCGGAGCACGAUGAACAGGGUUCGUCGGCAAUUUCGCACGGUCCACUAUCGGGGCAGAUUAUGUCCAGUGUUAAAGAGGGUUGUAAGAAGGCGUUCCAAAACCAACCGCAACGGUUGGUUCAUCCAAUGUACAGCUGUAACAUAACCGUCAGUUCGGACGUGCUUGGGAAACUCUAUGCCGUGAUCGGGAAGAGAAACGGACGAAUUGUGUCCGCCGAUCUGAUCGAGGGUAGCGGUCAGUUUGAUGUUGGAGCUGUCAUUCCUGUGAUAGAAUCGUUUAACUUUGCUUCAGAAAUACGGAAGCAGACGUCCGGAUUAGCGAUGCCGCAGUUAGUGUUCAGCCAUUGGGAGAUUGUGGACAUCGAUCCGUAUUGGGUGCCCAGCACGGAGGAGGAAUAUGAGCAGUACGGAGAUAAGGCUGACUUCGUUAACAUUGCCAAAGUCUACAUGGACUCGAUACGAGAACGAAAGGGCCUAGCGGUGGAGAGAAAAACCGUGGAACAUGCCGAGAAGCAGCGGACUCUGUCGAAGAAUAAAUAAUGCGGUGUGCCUUUGUUGGCAGUGUCCAGUAUUUUCCAUU